AUGGCGCCUAAGAAAAAUGUUCGGAAGGGAGCUGCGAAGCAAGCAACUGUCGAUGGUGGACCGCUGUUCGCCGGAUUAGGGAAGGGGCUAAUCAUGAUUCCGCAGCAGGAUGAAGGCUUCCAAGUUGAGGGACAGCUGCGGCAGGGGGUGCGAGUGACUGUAGGAGGCGGAGGGGUUGGAGGUGAAGGGGGGGACGGCGAUGAUGGUUCCUCAUCAUCUAGUUUUUCAAGUAGUGACUCUGGAGAGGGAAGCGAAUCGGAGUACGAGGAGGAGGAGGGGGAUGGCGCGAAGGAUGACGAGGAAAUGGAGGAUGUGGAGGAGGAGGAGGAGGAGGAGGAGGAGGAGGAGGAGGAGGAGGAGGAGGAGGAGGAGGAGGAGGAGGAGGAGGAGGAGGAGGAGGAGGAGGAGGAGGAGUCUCUGAGGGCGGGGAAGGAGGGAACGCGUGGUGGUGCGGGGGGUGGGAAAAAGCGCAAGAGUACGAAGGGGGGUAGUGGGACGGGAGGGAAAGAGAAGGGGGACAAGGAAGCGGGCGGGGUGCGGGAGGGGCAAGUGAAAAAGAAGGGGAAGAAGAGGAAGGCCGUGGCAAAGACAUGGGGUACGAUGGACCAGUUUAUGGCGCCAAAGUUGGCGAAGAGGGAGUUGCAAGCCGCCAUUGCGAAGUUCGUGGUGAUGACCGACAGCUCCUUCCGCGUCGUCGACAAUGACGCGUUCAAAGAAAUGCUCACAUUGGCCAACCCUCUCUGCGGGAAUCCAAAUGUCCUUCCAUCUCGCUGGACGGUUGCCCGUGACGUGACGAGGUACGCCGACAUGGCACGGGCAUUGGCCAAGGCCGAGCUGGAGCUGGCGGAGGAGGAGGUAUUGCCAUUGUUCAGGGUGUGCUUCACCACUGACAUAUGGUCGUCAGUGACGAAGCGCAGUUACAUGGUCGUGACUGCGCACUGGAUCUCGCCCGACUGGCAGCUGCGACAGGCCACCCUCGAUUUCGGGGAGAUGUCGGCGGGGCACACGGGGGCAGACAUCGCGAAGCGGUUUGAGGAGGUGGUCAAUGCAUGGAGGUUGGUGGGGCGUUGUCAUGGUAUCACCACCGACAACGCCUCGAACAACGAUUCGGCCAUCAGGGAGCUGUCCGAUGACGUUGCCCGCUUUCCACUCAUUGCUAAGGACAUGUGGUUCAGGUGCAUGGCGCAUGUACUGAACCUUGCAGUCCAGAAAGCGCUCGCUGUGGACACGGUUAAGGAGGCCCUGAAGCGCAUCCGUGACAUGGCCACAUUCGUUGGCCUGUCACCUAAGCGCAUGGCGCGCUUCAGGAAGGAGCUGAAGGAUUCGUAUCCUGCAUUGCGGGACCUUAAGCUGAUCCUAGUGACGUUGGUCUUUAUAAGCACUCUCUCUUUGGUUCCAUUCACACUCAUGCUCUUCUUUCCCUCUACUUCUUUCCCUAUCGCUCCUCUCCCUCUUCCCCUCUCUAUCUACCAGAUCCCAGUGUUACUGGUGUUUAUAAGCACUCUCCCUCCGCUCGCAUUCACGCUCAUGCCCUUCUUCCCCCCUUGCCCUCUCCCUGUUUCUUCCCUCUCCCUGUUUCUUCCCUCUCCCUGUUUCUUCCCUCUCCAUGUUAUCUCCCUCUCCCAGUUUCUUCCGUCCCUGUUUCUUCCCUCUCCCCGCUUUCUCCCUCUCCCUGUUUCUUCCCUCUCCCUGUUUCCUCCCUCGCCUUGUUUCCCUCCGGCCCAACUCCUCUGA